UAUAAACAGUUGGUUUCAAAAUUAUUUUAGACAUUACCGGAGAUUUCAAUGUCUGGAAAAUAGUUGACUCAUCUGAAAGUUGGGUACAAUUGAGUGCAAAUUCUGUUUAUAAAAACGUACUUUUGGUAAAGAAGUUCAUCACUCGAACAUUAAUUGUUCAAUAAAUCCUCGCAAGUGUUGCCACAGUUUUACAUAUCAAAGAUCAUUGCAUAUAAAUGGCUAUCAAAAGGGAUCGAAGUUUGUGCACCGGUAGUCAGUAUCACUUACCACUUCCAAGCGGCCCCUAUCCUAACAUUGGUUUUGUGGAUAUUAUGACUGGAAGUGAUAAAAACGAUGGCAUAUUAGUUCGCGUACUCUAUCCGGCAUCGGAUCAGACGACAGAUAUCAGGACGCGGGUGAAGGAGUGGGCGAAGUGGACACCGCAUGACAAUUAUAAGGCGGGAUAUCUAAAAGUAGUUAAGUUACCGGAUCCACUCGUCCGGUUAGUGACUUCUUUGAGUUCCGAUUACUUCAUACCAAUACUCGAAAACGUGGAUCCGCUUCGACCAGAAGGACAUGAGUUCCCUAUCAUUGUCUUCUCGCACGGGCUCUCCAGCUGUCGGACCACUUAUUCUAGUGUUUGCACUGAAUUAGCUUCACAUGGAUUUAUAGUCUUCGUGGUUGAACACAGAGACGAGUCGGCGGUCACCACUUUCUACCCGUCCAGCGACGGGUCAUUCAAAUGGCUUCCUUACCGUCACGUCAAGCUCUACGACAACGACCUACCGAUCCGUAGGGAACAGCUCGACCUCAGAGUCACCGAAAUCAAAAGAGUUAUAGAUUUAAUAAAUGACAUUCAAAACGGAAAUAAAAUACAGAAUGUUUUAAAGAGUGAGUUUAAAAUGGAUCAGUUGUCGGGUCUCUUGGAUCUCAACAAAAUCAUAUUAAUGGGCCAUUCGUUUGGUUCGUCGACUGUCAUCAAGUCGUUGAUAGCCUUGGAUUGUGUGCCAAUCGGCGUGUGUUUAGACGCCUGGCUGUAUCCGGUAGAGGAGAAUGAGUCCAAUCUUGUGAAAGAACCCCUUCUGUUCGUAAAUAUGCAAACUUUUCAAAACAAACCAAAUCUCAAACGUAUGAAGGAUUACAUUGGAAUCAAUGGCACGAAUACUACCGACAGAAAAGUGAUUACAAUAAAAGAGGCCAAACAUACCGAUCAGAGCGACAUUCCGUUUACACUUCCGCCGCCACUCCUCUGGUUAUUCGGAAUGAAGUCAAAAGUGGAUCCGUUUGUCGCACACGACUUGACCACUGGUCUCGCACUUGACUUCAUUGCAGACAAACUUAAAGUGUUGCCACAGUUUUAUUUCAAAGAUUAUUGCAUAUCAAUGGCCAUCAAACGGGAUCGAAGUUUGUGCACCGGUAGUCGGUAUCACUUACCGCUUCCAAGCGGUCCGUAUCCUAACAUUGGUUUUGUGGAUAUUAUGACUGGAAGUGAUAAAAACGAUGGUAUAUUAGUUCGCGUACUCUAUCCGGCAUUGGAUCAGACGACAGAUAUCAGGACGCGGGUGAAGGAGUGGGCGAAGUGGACACCGCAUGACAAUUAUAAGACAGGUUAUCUAAAAGCGGUUAACUUACCGAAUCCACUUAUUCGAGUGUUAACCGCUUUGGGUGCCGAUUACUUCAUACCAAUACUCGAGAACGUGGAUCCGCUUCGACCAGAAGGACAUGAGUUCCCUAUCAUUAUCUUCUCGCACGGAAACGCCGGCUGUCGGACCAGUUAUUCCAGUGUUUGCACUGAAUUAUCUUCACAUGGAUUUAUAGUCUUCGUGGUUGAACACAGAGACGAGUCGGCGGUCACCACUUUCUACCCGUCCAGCGACGGGUCAUUCAAAUGGCUUCCUUUCCGUCACAUCAAGCUCUACGACAACGACCUACCGAUUCGUAGGGAACAACUCGAUUGCAGAGUGACUGAAAUCAAGAGAGUUAUAGAUUUAAUAAAUGACAUCCAAAUCGGAUCUAAAAUACAAAAUGUCUUAAAGAGUGAGUUUAAAAUGGAUCAGUUGUCGGGUCUCUUGGAUCUCAACAAAAUCAUAUUAAUGGGUCAUUCGUACGGUUCGUCGACUGUAAUCAAGUCUUUGAUAGCCUUGGAUUGUGUGCCAAUCGGCGUGUGUUUAGACGCCUGGAUGUAUCCAUUGGAAGAAAAUGAUUGGUCACUUCUUGAGAAAGAGCCCCUUCUGUUCAUA